AUGUAUUCGUUCUUCUCUGUGCAGCGUCAAGGCUGCGCGUUCCGUGGAUACAUGAGGAAAAUCAAGUUCAAGACAACAACACACAACCAUAGCUCUAUGAGAGGAAAGAAACCUGCUGUGACGCUGUGGAAAAUGUCGGAGACUUUGGACUUGUGCAUUGAAGAAAUCAAUCGAUCCAUUGAUUCUAUAUCGACUCUAUAUUUCAAGCCACCAGGCAUAUUUCACAACGCGGUUGUACGAAACAAAGAUAAAGGACAAGGAUAUGGCACCAUAAUAACCGAACUUAUCAGAGAUUGUAAUCCAAAAGAAGAACUUUCACUAUUCAAAAUAAAUAAAAGUAAUGGAGUCCCUACCAGAAAGGAUGGUAAGGGAAGCGUCGUUGACUUUCUUGCCGAAAGGGACAAGAAUGACAGAAGAAAUAGACGUAUUGGUUUGCCCGAUCCUAAACCGGUAGUUAGAGUGCCCAAAGAAUUUUACUUGAAGAGACAUGACGAAGCAUUGCGGAGUAAGCGUCCAAAACAGAAUUCCAUAUAUUUUGACGUUGAGAGUUCCAAAAUUCCCAACGAUUCAAAUGUGUUUCGACUACUGAUAUCCAAGUUUCAAGACACGCAAAUAAUAAAUCUUCUUCACGCCUUGCAAAAUGGUAGCGUUACAAUGGACACUGCUUCAAAUGAGAUUGAUACAGAGUUUCCCCAUUCGAAAAGACGCAAAACCAUAUUCUUGGAUGAUUUCCCCGUAAAGUCAAUUUUGGAAGUAUUUGAAGAAGUUGCCAAUCAAUGGCCUCUAUCGGUAUACAAACAAGCGCAUGCCAAAUAUUCACAGGAUUGUACUGUUUUAGAAGAGGAAAUCGAAAUUUUGAAAACCGAACUGCAAUUACAAGAAGAUCAGUUGCAAGCACAACUAAACAUCAAUCAAUCUUCCUCGCAUGUUGUCACGAAACUCAUACAGAAGGAGCAAAAUGAUAUACGAAAGUUAGAAAAAGAAAUGGAUCUUUUACAGAGUAGCUUAGAAACUCAGUCGGAUUGA